AUGUCAUCGGCUCUCAAUCAUGUGCGAGGCCUUUCGGGGAUAUCCUGCCUAAGAGCCAUAACUCGCACCAACAUCGGUUAUAAGAAUUGGCAUUGUGGCGAUAUUCCAUCUAAUAUAAAUCCUCACUACAUCUAUUACCCGCAAGACAUUCGACCUCGUUUCUAUACCAAUGUUUCCCCUCGUGCUUCUAUCUCACAAGCACCGCCUAUCGAAUCAAAGAUAAACAGUGAACAAAGUCAAUCCCUAAUCGAGGCCAAUAAUCCAUCUACCUCCUUGCCAGCCCACGACUAUUCCCAACGUCCCGCAAACAAACGACGUACCCGCAAACGAUCAGUCAAAUGUUGGCUCACCCCCUCCGAAUAUCUCUCUGAGUCUCUUCAAAAAGCAGGGCAUUCAAUUGGUUACGGAGAAGGCUCUAUUCGUGCCGCAAGAAAUUCAACAAAGGAUUCGGAUCAUGUCAUUGUGCCCAAGUCGCUUCUGAAACAAAGUCCAGGGUCACGUUUCGUACGGAGGUCCUUACAAACAAUACUUGGACAGUACAUACAGGAGGUUGAUCCUUUGUUUAAACGCAAGUAUGAAGGCGACAGCUCCAUAGCUUUGGAGGCUGCAAUCGGGGACGUGUUCGGCGCAUGCAAUUAUCGUCACCUUGAAGAACGAGGCUAUUGCAUCGAUGAUGUGGUUGCAUGGGCUUGGGUUUUGACAAGUCAAGAUAAUUAUCAAGCAGCAUCCCGCCUAUUUGCUUUGGAGUCAGACCAUGAAACUCGAACAAAACACGCCAGUGGGCCUCACGUCCCUCCUUUCCUUGUUUUGCUUUUACUGAAAGAGCAAUAUUUGGAUGCCCAUGUCCUUCGGCUAUUACUCAUUCAUUCUUUGCAUUUGAUGAGCGGGGAGGCACUACCGCCAAUUCAUCAAUUGACACAAUCCCUGGAGACGAACCAAGUUUCUGCGAUAGAAGGCUCAAGUCCCAAACAGCCUAAAGUGGACGUAACAACAUGUAUGUUGUUAACUAAACGCUUAAUUCUGCAUGCGCGGCAAGUCUGGCCCGAGGCUCUUCCUGUGAUUGCUCGAGCAGUCGCCCGGUUUUUGACUGUCCCAAGUGCAAAUGAAAGUAGGAAGUCAGGGCUGGGUCAAAUCAAGGACAGGAGUUUUAGGACCCAGAGUUUCAACUUGUGUCUUUCUUUACUAUCCGCCCCCGCCAAAGUUCAUCCCUUCCGAUCGGCCUUUCUGCAACAGCAGGCUCAAUUCGAGCUUCUUCGUGCAAUGGCAGCCCACAAGCCUGUUUUCCCCGUUACCCGAGAAGGUUAUCGGUCGGUGGUUGCGGUUCAGCUAGCUCACAAAAAGACAACAGCUGAACGUCAAUCUGCUGAGUUGAAAGCUCCAUCGUGGCCUCCGUGGAAAGAAGAAAGAUUGGGCAUGGAUUCUCAUCGAGGUAAUGAGGGUCUUCAGAGCCGAGCAAUGAACGUAUUGUCUCAAAUGAAAGAAGCAGGGUAUUCUCCUCGAGUCUGGGAGGAGAUAUCUGCUAUCUUGGCUGGCUGGGAUACUGAUGGGAGCCCAACGGUGCAAACCAGAGCUCUGGCACCGCCGCAGCGGGCUCUCUCACUCCAGAGUUGCAAUGACCACAAUAACCACGGAGUAUGGGUUGCACGAAUUCGCGCCACUCGAACUGUCCGUGAAGCAUGGGCCUGCUUUUUAUCCUACCAGGACCACGGCUUACCUGCCAAAGCUGAGAUCUACGCUGCCAUGGCUGAGAAAUUGAUUUACCGCCAGAAGACGGCUAGCAGUAAUUUCGACCGGGUUAGCCUUACUCUACCAGGUGAUGGACGGGAGGUUUACCCUGAACCAGCUUCUGCUCGCGAUAUCAUUUACGUACGAACAGAGCCGCCUUUAUUGGAAGACUUUCUGAAUGAGAUGAUCUCACGUGGUAUUCGUCCCUCUGGGAGAUUUCUUGCACUUCUCCUAUUGUCCGCUCCAGAUUUACGCACGGGGUUGUUCUAUCUCCAGUCCAGCAACCUCUCGGAGGACCAGAUCAAGGCGCUGUGCACUGUGUGGCGGCAUCCUUCGGAAUACCAAGAAAAGCAAGUUAAGGCACUGGAGGCAUUACCUGAUAAAUUGUUUGGCUCUUUUAUCACUUUUCUUUGCAAGCAUUCGCCCUUGACAGUUAGCAAAUGCGUCAAAGAUGUUUUUAUGGCGGACCGGACCGACGUGCCGACUCAGUACAAAGAGCCCAUUGCUUUUCUACAGAUGUCUGUAGAAGAAGGUCCGGAGGGUCACCCACUGGCCUUUUGGCAUGCCACUCAGCUGGUCAAACUGCGACAACCCCCUUGUCGCCUGGCCUGGCAUAACCUUCUAUCAGCUUUUUCCUCUAACUUUUCUGGGGAACGAUAUGUGAAGCGCCACAAAAAGUAUGUCCGCAUUUUGGCAUGGCAUGGGAUUUGUGAAGUGUUUAACUGGAUGCGAGUCCGCGGGAUUGCACCCGGGCCUGCUGAUUUUCAACCUUUGUGUGUCACAUUCAGCAGAGCCAUUGAUGCUGGCAUCAAGCAACCCGAGCUAGUGGAAAAGGCUUGUACGCUCCAUCAAUUCUCAACCGAAUUGCCGGAUAUUGAUGACCGCGAUUACUUUGAUGCUCUGGUCGAGGAUGGUCUAUCGCUCUUGAAGGCUCACUUUGAUCAGCUCGUCCUCCCUUCUGCAAAGACAUCGGGGGUAGCAGAGCAAAGUGUCUUCACAAAUAGCAGCAGUGAUAAAUCACUCGGCAUGCCUGCUGUUCUUCAUGUUCCGUCCUACGCCACACUACAUAGUUUUGUGCGGGCCAUGGGAAUGGUUGGAGACGAUGAUGGUCUGUUACAUCUAUUACGGUGGAUGAGUCGAUCAUCUGCCUUGCUGAACGAGGUAGCUGAAGAUCGUCUGAAUGGAGACCAAAUGAUGCGACAGACCCUGGUGGCGAUCCGGAUGUACCUGGAGAAGUUACAUCCCCAGUUUAAUUCUGGCGAUCGGAUAGCGUCGGACUCUAAUUUGGAAGAGGCAUACGACAUUGUCAGCCGGACACCUGGAUGGGAGUGGCCCGACCUUACAGAGGUCGAGGACUACUUGAAUGUACAAUAG